AUGCGCAUCCAAAUAAUCGUCGCUGCGCUCGCGGCUCUGCCGGCCGCGCUCUGCCUGCAGGAACAGACACCUCUCAACGGGCACGGCAAGCUGCACGGCGCCGCCCGAGACAAGCAUGCGCCGGCGUACCGCUCCGCCCUGCUUGACCUGCACCGGAACCUGGUCAGCAUCCCGUCCGUGUCGGGCGCCGAGUUCAAAGUCGGCCAGUGGCUCGUCGACUACCUCGUGAGCAAGAACUUCCGCGCCGACAUCCAGUUCGUCGAGCCGCGCGAUGGCACGCCCGCCGGGGCCCAGCGCUUCAACGUCAUGGCCUGGCCGGGGCAGUAUGACGACCCGCGGCCGCGGGUGCUCGUCUCCAGCCACAUUGACGUGGUCCCGCCCUUUAUCGAGUACGGCAUCGACGACGGGCCCGUCACCAAGGACACCGUUAUCCGCGGGCGCGGGUCUGUCGAUGCCAAGGCCGCUGUCGCCGCCAUGACGAUUGCCGUCGAGGAGCUCGUCGCCGCCGGGCGCGUCAAAAAGGACGACGUGAUGCUCGUCUUCGUAGUCGGCGAGGAGGUUGCGGGCGAUGGCAUGAUUACCUUUUCCGAGGCCGCGCACGCCCGCGACGAGCCGCCGUCGUGGCACUCGGUCAUCUUUGGCGAGCCCACUGAGAGCAAGCUCGUCUGUGGCCACAAGGGCGCGCUCUUCUGCGACCUCAAGGCCACCGGCCUCGCCAGUCACAGCGGCUACCCCUGGCUCGGCAAGUCGGCCAACGAGCUGCUCAUCCAUGCUGUUGCUAAAAUCCUUGAGACCGACCUCGGCAGUUCUAAAUUGUACGGAAACACAACGUUUAAUCUGGGUAUGAUGGAGGGUGGCGUGGCGGCCAAUGUAGUCGCGGCGUCCGCCACGGCCAAGUUUGGCGCCCGUGUCGCCAUUGGGCCAGAGAAGGACGGCCACUUGAUUGUCCGAAAGAGGAUUCAGGCUAUUCUGGAUGAGAUUGACAAGGAUGCGUUUGAGAUGACCUGCAACCCCGGCUACGGCACUGUGGACUGCAACUGUGAUGUGGAGGGCUUUGACACCCUGACUGUCAACUAUGGCACUGAUGUUGCCAACCUCAAGGGCAACUUUACGAGAUAUCUGUACGGCCCUGGUUCCAUCCUCGUCGCGCACGGCGAGAAUGAAGCCCUGACAGUGGGCGACUUGGAGUCGGCUGUUGAAAACUACGAAAAGCUGAUUGAGCAUGCGUUGAGCCAAAAGUCGUAA